GGAGUACCUUCCGCUAACACUGUAACUGUACCAAAUGAGGUUAAUUGUCCUCUUUGUAAAAAAGUGCAGCGUUUUCGUGUGUUAUGUAACAUGAUGCCGUCUCAUUUUAAAGAACUCUUUACUCCUGAACCAUGGCGGGAACCGACAGAACGGGUUUUAACUUUUCAAUCAAAUCAGCGCCAAAGUUUCCUAAAAGCCAUGUCCCGAAAGAGUACCGAGUUGGAAGAAAUUAAAAGGAAACGCAAAUUAUUGGAAAUAAAAUCAAAAACGAAAUAUGAAAAAUAUGAGCAGUUACAAUAUGAGCGCAAGCGAUUGGAAAGGGAACGCAAGCGAUUGGAAAGGGAAGUACGAAAAUUAAAGGAGCAGGAGUUGCAACCAAAAAGGUUUGUAAAUAAUAUAUGUAUUCAUAAGGAAAUAAAACGACAGUACCAAUAUUGUAUUAAAUUGUAG